CGCGGACUCCCAGUACAGCACGGCGGCCAUAAACACCAACGUGAUCGUGUACAGCAACGGCAUGGUGACGUGGCUCUCGCACGGCAUCUACCGCUCGUCCUGCGACAUUGACGUCGAGUUUUUUCCCUUCGACAUCCAGGCCUGCAACAUGAAGUGGGCCUCGUGGACCUACGACGGCUAUCAGCUUGAUCUGCUGAAGCAGACAGAGGACGGGGACGUGUCAAACUAUCAGGCAAAUGGAGAGUUUGACCUGGUGUCGUUUGACGCCAAGAAGCACGUGGAGUACUACUCGUGCUGCCCCGAGCCGUACCCCGACAUCACAUACGUCAUCCGCAUCCGGAGGCGGCCGCUCUUCUACGUCUUCAACCUCAUCCUCCCUUGCAUCCUCAUCAACUGCAUCGCGCUGCUGGUGUUCUACGUGCCGUCCGAGUCGGGCGAGAAGGUGACCCUGGGGAUCAGUGCGCUCCUCUCCAUGACCGUGUUCCUCAUGACGAUACGAGAGUCGCUGCCGCCCACAGAGAAGACGCCGCUCAUAAGUCUUUACUACGGGGUGAGCAUAUGCCUGGUGUCGUUUGCGUCCGGCCUGUCCGUGGUCACGCUCAACGUGUAUCACCGCGGCGUGCGCGGCACGGGCGUCCCACCCAUCAUCAAGACUUGUGUACUGCACCACCUCGCCAGACUCGUGUUCCUGCGAUUCGAGCCGCGGGACAAGGCCAAGCCCCAGCACCACAACGACGUGACGCGACUCGGGCCCCGCCCGGACAAGUGGAUCCCUGAGGACGCCACCAACGUGGACCCGCAGCAGAUGAGCCCCCGCUUCAGCAUUCGGCAUCGGACCAACCGAACGCCUGACGGUGCGGCCAACAACC